AUGAGGCAGAGUAGAUGUUCUCACAGCCGACUUGCUCUCAAACCUCUAACAGCACCUCCUCCACCUGUGCUCCACUCUCAGAUCCAGUUGGGAAAUACACAAGCAGAAGUUCAGCAGAUGAUCCAAGAGCGACUGAAGAAGAUUCAGGAGAUCAAACACUCUAUAAAACUCAAUGAAAAAACCACAGAGAAGGAGAAAACAGACUUUGUGAAGAUCUUCAGUAAUCUGAUGAGCUGCAUUGUGAGAAGCCAGGCUGAUCUGGUUAAUGUGAUGGAGGAGAAGCAGAAAGCAGCAGAGAGGCAGGCUGAAGAGUUCAUUAAAGAGCUGGAGCAGGAAAUCACUGAGCUAAAGAGGAGAAACACUGAGCUGGAGAAGCUCUCACACACUGAGGAUCACCUCCACCUUCUACAGAUUUACACGUCACUGUGCAGCCCUCCACACACCCAGGACUGGACUGAUCUCACAAUUAACACUCAUCUGAAUGUGGAGACUCUGAGGAGAGCUCUGUCUCAGCUUCAGGAAACUCUCAGAGAGGAAAUGGAGAAGAUUCCAGAGAUCAAACUGAAGAGAAUUCAACAAUAUGCAGUGGAUUUGACUCUGGAUCCUGAUACAGCUCAUCCUAAUCUCAUCCUGUCUGAUGAUGGGAAACAAGUUACAUGUGGAGACAAGAGACAGAAACUCCCUGAUAAUCCAGAGAGGUUUGAUCAUUGUGUCUAUGUGUUGGGAAAUGAGGGAUUCACCUCAGGGAGAUUUUACUAUGAGGUGCAGAUCAGAGGCACUGAUUGGGAUUUAGGAGUGGUCAUAGAGUCUGCUAACAGGAAAGGAAAUAUUACACUUAGCACUGAUGAUGGAUAUUGGUGUGUGUGGCUGAGGAAUAAUACUGAAUAUUUAGCUCUGGACUCUCCUCCUGUCUCCCUCUCCUUGAAACAGGCUCCUCAGAAGGUGGGGGUGUUUGUGGAUUAUGAGGAGGGUUUGAUCUCCUUCUAUGAUGUUGAUGCAAAAUCUCAUAUCUACUCGUUCACUGGUCAGACUUUCACUGAGAAACUUUAUCCAUUAUUCAGCCCCUGUUACAUUGACGGAGGUAAAGAUUCAGCACCACUGAUCAUCUGUCCUGUUAAUCAAAUAUAAUAUACAUUUCUAAAUUCUUCUUUAUCUCUUAAUAAAAAAAAUUAGAACAAUGUUAGUAUUAUCUUGAUUUCUUUUUUUAAAUGCGUUUAAUAAGAAUUGUAAAAAAUGAUAAAUAAAUCUGUUCUGAUGUUGGUCUCAUUAUGAUGAUCCUUCAUGUUAAUGUGAUAUAAUCCCCAGCCCUAUAACUGAUCUUCAAACCAUAUUCACCAGAAUUUAUUUUUAAUCUUUAAUAUGGGUCAGAUUUAAAAAUCCAGUAUAUUUUUUUUUAUAUUUGCAAUAAUUAAUUAAAUUAGAGGGAAAUCUUUAAACUUUUGAUCCAAAAUAAUAUCCUUAUUGAGUGAACAGUGGAUUCAUCAGUCCUAACUGGAGACUGAGAUCAAUAUACAUUCUGUAAUGUUCAAUGUUUUAAAUGUUGAUAUAUAAAAUGUGUAUCAAGACAUAAUCAGUAAAGAACUCGUUUACUUAUUUAUUUUCAGCCUGUGCAUUUAGAUACAUCAUAAUCACACACAGCAUGAAUUUAAGUAAUAAAUAAAAAAAUAACAAUAUAAA